AUGGUUGCGGAGAUGCAGAAGAUGAAGGAACGAAUGGAUUUCACAACGAACGCCCUCAGGGGACAAGUGUCUAAUGACCUCAAUGAAUUGGUUAAUCGGACGGAUUCACCCUUCACUGCAUCCGUCACUUCAUUUCCCCUUCCGCCGAAGUUCCACAUGCCACAAGUAGAGACCUACGACGGAUUUAAGGAUCCCUUAGAUCACUUGGAGUCUUUCAAAACCUUGAUGCACUUGCAAGGUGUAGCGGAUGAGAUCAUGUGCUGGGCCUUUCCAGCUACGCUGAAGGGUUUUACAAGGGAUGAGAUGCUGAGGUCCUACAUAACUCACUUUAACAAGGAGGACUUCUCGAUCGAUGAAGCUGACGACAAGAUACUAGUGGAAGCAUUUACAAAUGGGUUACGGAAAGGGAAGUUUCUAUUUUCCUUAUACAAGAACGACCCAAAAACCAUGUUGGAUGUACUUUACAAGGCUACUAAGUACAUGAACGCAGAAGACGCACUGCUGGCCCGAGAAGAGAAGCCCAAGAAAAGGGAAAGACAAGAGGACGCACGGCAAGACAGGGGGCGGAAGACGGCUAGGAUCGGAGACCGACGUGAGGAUAGGGGCUCCAAACCCCCCAUUGGGAAGUUCACAAGCUUCACUCUACUAAUUGCCUCGAUCGACCCAAUCUUGAUGCAGAUCAAGGACGAAAGAGCCUUGACAUUUCCUGAAAAGCUGAAAGGAGAUCCUAGUAAGAGGUCUAGAGACAAGCACUGCCGUUUUUACCGUGAUCACGAUCAUGAUACGUCAGACUGA